AUGACAGUGAAGAACAAGUACCCGCUGCCAAGGAUAGAUGACUUGAUGGAUCAAUUGCAAGGAGCUAGAGUUUUUUCCAAGAUUGAUUUGAGAUCUGGUUACCAUCAGAAAAGAGUGAAGGAGGAUGAUAUCCCUAAGACUGCGUUUAGGACACGCUAUGGACACUACGAGUUUGCGGAGCGGAAGUUAUAUGCUAAGUUGUCAAAGUGCGAGUUCUGGAAAGAGGAAGUAAAGUUCUUCGGCCACGUGGUGAGUAAGGGAGGAAUAGUUGUAGAUCCUUUUAAGGUGGAAGCGGUGAUGGAGUGGGAGAGACCGAUGACAGUGACGAAAGUCAGAAGCUUUUUGUGUUUAGCUGGAUAUUACCGAAGAUUUAUCGAAGGAUUUUCCUGGAUUACAUUAUCGAUGACAAAAUUGACAAGGAAAGAAGUGCCAUUCGUGUGGACGUCGGAGUGCGAAGAGAGUUUUCAGACUUUAAAGCAGAAAUUAACUUCAUCACAUGUUCUAAUCUUACCGGAACCGCAUGAACUAUUUGAGCAAGAUGAGCAGAAGCUUCAGCAAUUGUUUCAACUAGUUGGUGAUAAGAGGCGUGAAGAAAUCACUAAGGAUGAUGAAGGGUUAUGGAGAUACAAGGGAAGAAUUUGCAUACCGGAUGUUGGGAGUUUGAGGCAAGACUUGCUAUCAGAGGCUCAAGGUGAUGUAGCUACAGUGGUAUCCAAGUGUUUGACUUGCCAAAAAGUAAAGGUAGAACACCAGAAACCGUCAGGAAUGCUACAACCACUUGAGAUUCCUCGGUGGAAGUGGGAAGAAAUCGUAAUGGAUUUUGUGACUGGUUUACCGAGGACUAGGUUAGGAUUUGAUGCGAUUUGGGUGAUCGUGGAUCGCUUAACCAAAUCCAAUCAUUUUCUGCCUAUCAGAAUAAAUUGUUCUAUGGAAGAGUUGGCGAGAUUGUACAUCAAGGAGAUAGUAAGGUUGCAUGGUGUACCGUUAAGCAUAGUAUCGGACCGUGAUCCCCGAUGCACCUCAAGGUUUUGGGGAGCUUUCCAUAGACCUUUUGGAACGAAGCUAUGUCUUAGUACCGCGUAUCAUCCAUAG